AUGAAGCGCGUGUACGAAAUCUCCGACGACGAGUGGGAAAAUGAGUCCUUCAAGCUAUCCCGGGUCAUCAAACCCUCCGAAAUCCCUCCUCCAAUCGAGUCUUUCGCUUAUGGAUCGAAAAUUCAAUCCAGUCCUAAUCACAGCAGCGACAGUUCUGUUGAAAUCGUGGAAAAAUUGGAGGAAAAUUUGGAUGAUGACGAUGUGGACGAAGAGAGGGAGGUUCGGCCGCAGACGGGGCGAGGCAGGAGGUUUGUAGUUGAUGAGGACAGUGAUGAUGAUGAUUCUGCUGAGGCGAUUGAAUCGAAAUCGGAGCAGAGCGAGCUUGGUUUUGAUUUUGAUGAUGAUGAUGAUGAUGAUGAGGAAGAGGUAGAGGAAGGGGAUGUGGUGGGAAAGGCUUUGCAGAAGUGUGCGAAGAUAUCGGCGGAGCUGCGGAAGGAAUUGUAUGGUUCUGCGGUGGCAGCCUGUGAUCGAUAUGCUGAGGUUGAUGCUUCUUCAGUGAAGAUUGUUACUCAGGAUGAUAUAUGCGCCGCAUGUGGGGCUGAUGAUUUGGAUUUUCAGCCUAUUCUCAAACCAUACCAGCUUGUUGGUGUCAACUUUCUUCUUCUUUUGCACAGAAAGAGAAUAGGAGGAGCAAUAUUGGCAGAUGAGAUGGGUCUUGGUAAAACAAUUCAGGCUAUAACAUAUUUAACCUUGUUGAAACACUUGGAAGAUGAUCCAGGUCCCCAUUUAAUAGUAUGCCCUGCUUCUGUUUUGGAGAACUGGGAAAGGGAGCUGAAAAAGUGGUGUCCCUCAUUUUCUGUUCUCCAGUAUCAUGGGGCUGCGCGAUCGGCAUAUUCAAGAGAGCUGAGCUCUCUGGCCAAGGCUGGAUUGCCACCUCCAUUUAAUGUUAUUCUUGUGUGUUACUCACUUUUCGAACGACACAGUAUGCAGCAGAAAGAUGACCGUAAAAUUUUGAAAUCUUGGCGGUGGAGUUGUGUGCUAAUGGAUGAGGCUCAUGCAUUGAAGGAUAAAAACAGCUACAGGUGGAAAAACCUAAUGUCUAUUGCGCGGAGUGCCAACCAGCGUCUGAUGCUUACAGGGACACCACUGCAAAAUGAUUUACAUGAACUGUGGUCAUUGUUGGCAUUUAUGAUGCCUGAUGUCUUUGAAACUGGAGAUGUAGACUUGAAAAAGCUUUUCAAUUCGGAAGAUAGGGAUUUGAUUUCUCGUAUGAAGUCCAUAUUGGGACCAUUUAUUUUGAGGCGUUUAAAAUAUGAUGUAAUGCAGCAACUAGUGCCAAAGAUACAGCAGGUUGAGUAUGUAGAGAUGGAAAAACAACAACAUGAUGCUUAUAACGCGGCCAUUGAGGAGUAUCGUGCAGCUACACGAGCUCGUGUUUUAAAGUUUUCAGAGGAUGACUCUAAUAAUGCUGUUGGCAUUCUUCCUCAACGUCAAAUUUCAAACUAUUUUGUUCAGUUUCGUAAGAUUGCAAAUCAUCCUUUACUGGUGCGGCGUAUUUACACAGAUGAGGACGUUGUUCGGUUUGCUAAAAAGUUGCAUCCUCAAGGAGUGUUUGGCUUUGAAUGUACCUUGCACCGAGUAACUGAGGAGCUCAAAAGUUACAAUGAUUUCUCUAUUCACCGGCUGUUGCUUUAUCAUGGUGUUACUGAUACGAAGGGACUUCUUUCAGAUGAAGAAGUUAUGAUUUCAGCAAAAUGCCGGGCAUUAUCCAAACUUCUACCUUCAUUAAAGCAAAAUGGGCAUCGAGUUCUGAUUUUCAGCCAAUGGACAUCCAUGCUUGAUAUCUUGGAGUGGACUUUGGAUGUAAUCGGUGUUACCUACAGGCGCCUUGAUGGAAGUACUGCGGUGACAGAGAGACAAACUAUAGUGGAUACAUUCAAUAACGACACAUCAAUAUUCGCAUGCUUGCUGUCUACAAGAGCUGGAGGGCAGGGACUGAACUUGAUUGGAGCUGAUACUGUUGUCAUUCAUGACAUGGAUUUCAAUCCACAGAUUGACCGACAAGCUGAAGAUCGAUGUCAUCGUAUUGGUCAAACAAAACCCGUCACAAUAUACAGGUUGGUGACCAAGGAUACGGUUGAUGAGAAUGUUUACGAGAUUGCUAAACGGAAGCUUGUAUUGGAUGCAGCUGUUCUUGAGUCGGGUGUGGAAGUGGACAAUGAUGGUGACACGUCUGACAAGACUAUGGGAGAGAUUUUGUCUACGCUGUUGCUGGGAUAACACCGGCACCCCUACAAGGGAUAGAUGGGAGGUGGGAGAUGGGAGAUGGGAGUACAGCAAUUACAAAACCAUUUUCUCUUAGAAUGGCCGCUUGUUCUCUCUUCCCAAAAGAAAAAAGAGAACACUAAGUGAAAAACAAAAAGAGGUCUCCCCUUGUUGUAUUAAUUGGAUUUAAAUUUAAGAAAAUGCUCUUUACAGUUGAUAAUUGCUUAUACAUCCAAUUUCGGUGUACAUCACAAGCUUUUGGUUCGUGCAUUGAAACUAAUUUUGAAUAUUCUGGAGUUGCAAUGUAGUUUUCUGUAGUAUCUAAUAGCCCUUACAUUAUGGGGGUGUUUGUUUCA